AUGACAGCCCUAGCCCACCUCUUCAACGAGGUAAGGCGUGCAUCUCGUGUCGACGGCAGCCAGCGUUCCCGCACUCUGACACUAGAAGAGGAUGUCGCCCGCUUACAAGCUAGGGUGAGGGAGUUAGAGGGAUCCGAAGCCACUACACCUUCUGUUACUCUACACGAUCCUUAUGGCCAGACGCGUCAGCCGAUCACAGCGCAUCACUCGUUAUCUCCUGGAUCUUCAGGCACUGCUCGUCACGCCCCUGACUAUGAUCCUGAGUCGUUUUCGGAUUUGCAAUACUUGAUAGACACCCUCGCUCCAUUUGCAUUAGAUCUGGGUAUUUUCCUUUCUCUGCCGCGCCUUCGCGCACAGCCCGGGAGCAUCUCGCCUGCUUUGCGUAGCGCCUUGAUACUAUGUUCUUUCCACCUGACGCGGCCAUCGGGUCCGGAGCAGGUCGUUUCAGCCGAGGCCCUUGUCUCACGUUUGCUACACACACUUGUCGAUGCUCUUGUCGCCGCGAACCCGAGACUUGGCCCCCAGUUUUAUAUGCAAAUUCUUCAAGCAGAAGUGCUUCUCGCCUAUCACCUCUUACGCAUGGAGAGAGUAUCUACUGCUCAGAGUCAUGCCAAUUCAGCGAUGUCGUUGGCUAUCUGCCUCGGCCUUCAUUUGAGCUCAGGAGAUGCACCUGCCGCAGGUUUAUUUGACUUCCUUGCUGCCUCCCUCCCUCGACUCCCUCGCCCUGGAGACGCAAUCGAAGAGCAGGAGCAAACGAUUCAUGCCGGACCACCGGUCGUUAGCAGCACCGUCAACAUCACUGCACCUUGGCCUGGCACAACGAGGGGAGACAAUAGCGUCGUACCAGGUGGCGCACUACGGAAUACGGCCUUCAAGCGAGAGCGAGCGUUCUCCUCGGGGAGGCACACUCGGCUGCAGCCGCCUACCAUAGAGUCGAACGACUUUCGUAGUCGAUUUACUACACUGGAUAAUCUGAUUCAGAACUUCUUCAAUAGCGUUCUCCACCUCGCAACAUCAUUCAGAUCUUCCGGUAGUGGAGGCACCUACAAUUCCCGACAGAUUCUCCUCACUGUGAACCUCGCCGCUCUCGCUCAGAUCACUCUUCACUGCCUGUUCGCGUCAUCGCAUGCGCCGUCUAAUAGAAGAUGUGUGGACAGUGCCAUUCGCGCAGUGCAUGCCUUGAACGGACUGAACGAUCUGAAGAUUAUGAAUCCUAUUUGUGUGGCAUCUUGGGGAGUAUUCUUUUCCACCCUUCAAAAUGAACUCCAUCGUCUUCGUUCCCGGUCCCAGCAGCGUCAUGGUCCGGUGUCCGCUGCUCAAGGUCCAAACGAAGUGGGUGAAGGCCGACAUCGUAAACGCGCUUCGCAGUCUUGCUUCGUUUUCGAGAGCGUUGUCCGGCCAGUAUCCCCUUCAGAUGACAAUUCGCGCAAAAUUGGAAGUAGCGAUCUAAUCCGUCCUAGACCAAGUGACCCUUAUCGGCCUUUCGAUUUAUAA